GCUCGUCCUGCGGAACGCUUGCGUGCUGUCACAUUUGUUCCCUGGCUUUUUCAAUUCAAGUGGAAGUACACCUAGAACCGCGGCCAGUUGGAUGUCAGCAAAACAAUAUGUUGCACAGGCCUGCGUUAAGUAGGCCUCAAAGUUGACCCCAAAUGCGACUCGGCCUUUCAGCGCGCUACCCCGCAUAAUACCUAAAAGUGGAUUAGCGGCUGACCAUAAGUACGACGCGUAGACUUCCAUCUUCAAAUCAGUUGCGUUGAAUACCUAAGUGCUGAAGUUGUCGUAUAGCCUCUACUUGGGGCUGAUAUUGCCUCCUGUCAACUACACUGAGCGUGGUGGAUCUACCCUCAGAUUGGUUAGCGGGCUACUUUCCCCCAUGGGCAGUCUUGGAUGUUGAGGCAAUGAUCGUAGCCAAGAUGGCUUCGCUACAAAUGGUACGCAGUAAUUGUGGCGGGCGCCGUGUUUCGGGCGUGGCACGAUGCUUUCAAUCACGCUUGGAGGCACGCAAGUUGGCAACCCAGGGCAGUAGUCUACAGACGAGAGGGGCUGCAACAUCCAACUUAAGCUAUGUAGACGGGCCGACUGAGCCACCACUUUUACAGCAAACUGUGCCGGAACAUUUCGCUUCCAUUGUCUCGCGGUAUGGCGACAAGCUAGCAGUUAUGGCACGCUCGCCAACAGAUGCCGAUCUGCUCUCGCCGACCAAGGCAAAGAAGUUUGCUAUCCCAGAAACUACAACAUUGACGUACUACGACUUGGACUCUCUAUCGAACACAUUAGCUCACUCGCUGCGAUCUCUCGGAGUCAAGAAAGGGGACAGAGUGGCCGUUAGUUUAGGUAAUAUCACGGAAAAUAUGGCCCUGGCAUAUGCCAUGUUCAAGCUCGGCGCCAUCUUGGUGCCUCUCAACCCAGGCUUCACUUCAACCCAGAUAGGCGCCGCCCUUUCUCACUUAGGCGUUGAGGUGCUGAUCAUCGGCGCUGUAACGGAUUUGCCGUACAAGCCCUGUGAAGGCCGCAGUAACCUGUCGCUGCUGCAGGGUAUUCUCCCAAACAUGACUCGCAAAAUAGAAUCACCCGACGUGCCGUCGUUGAAAAAGGUAGUUAUCCUGGACAACACGCCCUCGCAUCCAAAAGCUGAGUUCCCAGUCGGCGACUUCCGGGCUCUGACGCCCUUUACAGAGCUUCUUUCUGGCCCAGCCAGCAACGUCACCCCUGACUCCUCUCUGAACCCAGAUGAGACGAUCAAUAUACAGUUCACCUCGGGCACCACAUCAGUCCCAAAAGCGGCGAUGCUCUCACACACGUCGAUACUCAAUAACGGUGCUCUGAUCGCCAGCCGUAUGGGCCUCACACCUGAUGACCGUAUAGUUGUCCCACCGCCACUGUUCCACUGCUUCGGCAGCGUGCUCGGCUCCAUGGCAACCGCCACCACGGGUGCCGCCAUUCUCUUUCCAUCGCCAGCAUUCCAUCCAGCAGCGAGUCUACGCAUGGCUGCCGAGCAGAACGCCACAGGGCUCUACGGUGUACCUACGAUGUUCAUCGCCGAGCUGGAACUGUUACAAAAACCGGCGCUUACCAACAAACUUCCGAAAGACGCAUUCAGCCAGCUACGCAAAGGCAUUGCUGCGGGUAGUUCGGUACCUGAGAAUCUCAUGCUUCGGAUUUACGAUAAGCUAGGGUUGCAGGAUCUGGUCAUUUGCUACGGCAUGACGGAAACGAGCCCUGUGAGCGUCAUGACCAGCCCCCAAGAUCCCUUCAAGAAACGUACGGUCUGCGUGGGAAAAGCCAUGCCGCACACGGCCAUUAAGAUCGUAGACCCGUAUGACCGCAACCGCAUCGUACCCAUUGGAGAAAGGGGCGAACUAGCAGCGAGCGGGUAUCUGGUCAUGAAGGGUUAUUACAAUGACGAAGCUCGCACAUCCGAUGACCGGGUAGUGGACGCAGAAGGCCAUGUAUGGAUGUACUCAGGCGACGAAGCUAGGAUGGACGCAGAAGGUUAUAUCACAAUCACGGGCCGCAUCAAGGAUCUCAUCAUCCGCGGUGGUGAGAACAUCCACCCCGCCGAAAUCGAAAACAUAUUGUUCCAGUGCCCCGGCAUCCAAGAGGUCAGCGUCGUCGGUGUCCCGGACGAGACAUACGGCGAGGUUGUCAGCGCCUUCGUCAUCCUAGAGCCUCAAUGGAAACUGGCCAGCAUGGCGGCUCGUGAGCCGGAGGACAAUGCAACUUUUAAGCGGAAGCGAAAAGUCAGGGACAACAGCAACAACAACAAAAAUAUCCUGAGCCGGAAAUUCAUUCGGGACUGGGUUAGGGAUAGGUUGAGUAAACACCUGGUCCCGAGGUAUGUUUGGCAGGUGGAUGAAUUCCCUAAGACGCUUAGUGGGAAGAUCCAGAAGUUUAAGUUGAGGGAGAUGGCGGUGGAGAGGCUAAAGCAGGAGAAGAUAGUAGAGGAGUUGGAGAUCGAAGCGGUGGAGGAUGAGAGGAGGAGGUUAGAGGCGAUUGAGGAUGGGUCGGGUUCGUCGAUGUGGUGAGGCGAGAUGUGGGCAGACAAGGGGCGAUGAGACGCUAGCGCGACUGCAUCAGGGUUCGUGGUGUACGAAUUGGUGUCUGCUUAUGCCGGAUAAGUUGGAGGGCUCGUCGAGAGUCGCGAUGACCAUUAAGAUGACAUAUGCAUUUGGGAAAAUAGGAUAAUGUCAAACUGUCGCUGAAGAAGGCAGUCUAGUUUGACAUAGUAAGGGUUGCGAGCGUAGCGUCUCAGGUCCUGAUGAUGCUGAUGGAUCUGCCACAACAGAGUUUUACAUUUUUACCCAUACCCCCUACGGGACGAUGGGCACCUUUCCUACAUCAGAGAGCCUAGUUCAGUUUGCUUAUUUCAAGAAAAAGGACACGGUGGAGGAUUCACUGGAACAUCUGUACUUAACGACCUGACCGAAGCCGCGCCUUCAACAGGCACGGGGUACAAUCGGCCCUCGUGGAAUGCAGCAAAGCUAGUGCUGCCACCCUGAUUCAUGUGC